AUGGUGUCCGAUACCUGCCUCUCCUACGCCACCGUCGAUCAGCUCAAUGACCAAGCCUACUCGCUCCUCCAAUCUAUCACCCAAGACACGGAUUUCUUCUCCUACUACCGUCUCAAUCUCUUCAACAAAGAAUGUCCGUUCUGGAGCGACUCCAAUAGCAUGUGCGGUAACAUCGCCUGUUCGGUAAACACCAUCGAUUCGGAAGAGGACAUCCCCUUGACAUGGCGGGCGGAAGAACUUAGUAAACUGGAGGGCCCGAAGGCGGGCCAUCCGGGACGCAGCGUACAGAAGGAGAGGCCUGUCAACCGGCCUCUCCAGGGAAUGUUGGGAGAAAACGUCGGGGAGAGCUGUGUAUUCGAGUACGACGACGAGUGCGACCAGCGGGAUUACUGUGUGCCGGAGGACGAAGGCGCCAGCGGCAAGGGUGACUACGUUAGCCUCGUCGACAACCCGGAGCGGUUCACGGGCUACGCGGGGGCCGGCGCCCACCAGGUGUGGGAUGCGAUCUACCGCGAAAACUGCUUCCUCAAGCCAGUACCGCAGCAACUCGAGUUGUCGCCGAUCCCGCAGGCGGGCGGCCUCCAGGCGGUCAACGAUUUCCGCAGUGUCCUGCAGAAGGAGUCCAAGCGCACGGAAGGCCUGCCGUUCGACAACGAGUGUCUGGAGAAGCGGGUGUUCCACCGCGUCAUCAGCGGGAUGCAUGCGUCCAUCACCACCCACCUCUGCUGGGACUACCUCAACCAGACCACGGGCGAAUGGCACCCGAAUCUGCAGUGCUUCAAGGAGCGGCUGCACGAUCAUCCCGAGCGCAUUUCCAACUUGUACUUCAACUACGCGCUGGUGUCCCGUGCGGUCGCGAAGCUCCGCAAGCACCUCCAGAAUUACACCUACUGCACCAGCGACCCCGUCCAGGACUCGUUGACCAAGGAGAAGGUUUCGCGUCUGACGGCGACGCUCGCGGAGCGGCCGCAGAUCUUCGACGAGAACCUCAUGUUCCAGGACCCCAGUGCCAUCGGCCUGAAGGAGGACUUCCGAAACCGCUUCCGGAACGUCAGCCGAUUGAUGGACUGCGUUGGCUGUGACAAGUGCCGCUUGUGGGGGAAGCUCCAGGUGAACGGCUACGGCACGGCCCUGAAGGUCCUGUUUGAGUACGACGAGACUAAGAACGGCGAGAACCCUCCCCUUCGGAGGACCGAACUCGUGGCGCUGAUCAACACUCUCGGUCGGAUCUCACACAGUCUGGCCGCCGUGCGGAGUUUCCAUCGGGCCAUGGAAGUCGGAGACGGGGAGACGUUUGCCAUCGCGGCGGGGGCGCCCUCGGGUCAUGGCCGGUCUGGCGCUAAGACGCGCCGUCUUCUCAAGGAUGGUGGAUCUACCUUCUACUACGAAGAUGACGCCGAUGAUUUCCAGUAUCUGACGGAGAAGAUGCCGUGGGAGCGCCGGGAGCGGCGUGAGACGGAUACCAUCAUGGACGACAUCAAAGCCGAGUUCGCCGUGGUGUGGGAUACUUACGUCUACGUUCUAAAGAGUUGGAUGGCCAUCCCAAGGACUUUGUGGGAGCUGGGUGUCCUCGAGGCGAACCGUCUGUGGAGUUACUGGCUCGGAUUGCCUGUCCCUCCACGCUCGUGGAGAAUCCGACGACCGGGUCAACAUGUAGAGCUGCAUCAGGAGCUAUGA